AUGGUAACUCACCCGAGCAUCACGACUCUGCCCAUGCCAACGUCGAGCGCACCGCAGCUGAUCCGGACCAGCACGAUACAGACGUCCGGAUCUUUCAGUCCCGCGCAGAUGAACCCGUAUGCCAUGCACUCGGCCAAGGCGAACCUCAAGAUCGACAGCGACCUGGAGGCGAUAGCAAGCAACUGGACACAGGAGGAUUUCAAACCUGUCACCAUCAGUGAAAGGCCACCGAACAGCAUCUGCAUCAGCUGCAUAUACUGGGCAGAGAAGAACGAGUGUUAUGUGACCAGUGUCGACACCAUCUCGCUGUUAGAGCAGCUCGUGGCGUCUCCCGCGAGGUUCACGGUAGAAAAGAAGAACCGGAUACGGCGCAACCUGGAGGAAUUCCGGCCCCUGACGGUGAGCAAGGCUAAGGCAGACAGCGAAGAGUUCUUCAAGAUCAUCAUGGCAUUUCCGGAUCCGAAGCCGCGCAAUAUCAAGAAGCACGUCAAGGUGUUUCCUUAG